AGUCAUAACCCCCUUCACUCCCAUUGAUCUUCAAUCGACGGAGGCCCCUUUUUGCUCCAGAUUUGCUCUUCAAUUUUGUGCAUACUUUGAAGGAGGGCUGAAAUUUGAAGCAGAAGGAUCAUCAUGCACUCGUUCGGAUACAGAGCUAACGCUCUGCUAACCUUCGCCAUCACUAUUCUCGCGAUAAUGUGCGCCAUGGCCUCUGUAUCCGACAACUUCAAUUCGCUCUCCCCGACCUCUGAAGUUCAGGUGUUGAACAUAAAUUGGUUCCAGAAGAAACCGGAUGGUGAUGAUGAGGUUAGCCUGACACUGAAUAUAUCAGCAAACUUAGAGUCAUUGUUUACAUGGAACACGAAGCAGGUCUUUGUAUUCUUAGCUGCUGAAUAUGGAACCCCAAAAAAUGCGCUAAACCAGGUCUCUCUGUGGGAUGGUAUUAUUCCCUCGAAAGAGCAUGCGAAAUUCUCGAUUCACACUACUAACAAGUACCGUUUCAUUGAUCAAGGAAGCAAUCUACGCGGUAAAAACUUCAACUUGACAUUGCAUUGGCAUGUUAUGCCGAAAACCGGCAAGAUGUUUGCUGACAAAAUAGUGAUGAGCGGAUUCCGCUUGCCGGAGGCCUACAGAUGAUCAACAUUCCAUAUCAGCUCUAACUUUAGCCUUUGAUAAACAACUUGAGAAAUUUCAAAAAAGAAGCACAUUUUUCGUAGUUUUUCAUUACGUAUACAAAACUUGUAAUUUAAGAUUUCCUAAUUUUGUUUUUAACUUUGCUAUACAUUUAUUUGACCCUGAAAGUGAAUGGUACAUUGGCUAA